AUGGAGACCAUCAAGAACACCAUCGCCGAGAACUUUGGUGGCAGCACCGCCGCCAGCCUCGGUUCUCACCAGUUCAGUCUUGAGGACUGCCCCGACCUCACGUCAAAGAUUGCUGUGGUGACGGGCGGCAGCGAGGGCAUUGGGUACGGCGUCACCCACACUCUCCUGAAGCACAACAUCGCCAAGCUCUACAUCCUUUCCGUUUCCAAGGAAGUCGUGGAGGGCGCCCAGGAUGCCAUCGCCAAGGACCUCGGCACCGAGAAGGCGAACCGCACCAAGUGGUUCCAGUGCGACAUGUCGGACUGGAAGCGCGUCAAGGAGGUCGCAGAGGCGAUCAAGAACGACGCCGACCGCCUCGACAUCCUCGUCAACAACGCUGGCCGCGGCAUCAUGAGCUUCGAGCUGACGGACUACGGCGUGGACAGGCACAUGGCCCUGAACCACAUGGGCCAUGUGGUAUUGACAAGUCACCUGCUGCCGCUGAUUAAGGAGACGGCGGAGAAGGGCAACGUGGUUCGCAUCGUGAACCAGGCAAGCAACGCACAUCAGGCUGCGCCGAGCGAUGUCAAGUUUGAGAGUCUGGAGGAGCUUAACAAGGACCUGGGUCCGAAUGGACAGUAUGGACGCAGCAAGCUUGCGAACAUCUUGUACGCGCGGUACUUUGCAAGGAAGGUGACGCAGAACGGGCACCCGAAUGUACUGAUGAAUGCGACGCAUCCUGGGUUUGUAAGCACGAAGAUGAGCAAGGAGGAUAUUUUUGAGCCAUAUCCCUUGGGAGGCUACGCGAUGGCUGUUGGCAUGGAACCGUUUAAGAAGAGUCAGUGGGAAGGUGCUGUCUCUGCAGUAUUUGCAGCUACGGCGAUCAAGGAAUCUGGCCAGUACAUUUGUCCGCCUGCGAUCCCUGAGGCAGGCAACAAGCUAGCGCAGGAUGAGAAGUUGGCUGAUCAAUUGAUGGAAUUGACGCGCAAGAUCAUUACGGAGAAGACGAGAAGCCAGUCUGUUGACAAGGGCUGCCCCAUGGACGACCUCGUCUUGCACUGA